AUCGGUUAAAAUGACACAAUUAUUGUUAAAUUAUCGAAGGGAUGGCAGCUUUAACCGCUGCGCUUCCAGCCCUUCAACCCCGACUCAUUUUAGGUAUAAAUACUGCUGUGAAAGGUAACGCUCAUUUUAUUAACGAUGAAGACAUCGCUUAUCCAUGCGGAAGCAUGCUGGUUAUGCACAAUUUUAAUCAACACCGACAAAAAUUUAUUAAACUCACCGAUCGGGGCCAAUAUGUUACUUCUAUUGCGAUAACUCCAAAUAGAAAAUUAUUGGCGGUUGCUGAAAGCGGAGAUAGGCCCUAUGCUACGUUAUUUGAGACGAACACCUGCAAGAAAAAGAAACAAAUCUUGAUUCCAAUGGAUCGCGAAUGUACGACGCGAGAAUUCGCUUGCAUGUCUUUUACCCAAGAUAACCGAAAUCUAAUCGUUGUGACCGGCGAACCCGACUGGCAAAUGUACGUUUAUAAAGCUGAAAAAGGCAGAGUUGAAAGCAGUUGUCGCGCUAAUAACUUAAACAACGUCGGAGAUAUCGUCCAGAUUUGUUGCAACCCAAACGACCCAAACCUCCUCAUCUUACUCGGAAACCAAACGUACCGAAUGCUCGCAUCGUUCGAAAACGUUUGGCGCCAAUUUGGUUUCGCAAAAGCCGAAGGUGUUAACUUCACAUCCGGAUCUUGGUUAUCUCAAGACCGUUUUCUCGCGGGAACUUCGGACGGGCGCAUAAUGACCAUCGAAAGUGGCGAGCUCAAAGCGAUACACAUCGCGUACGACACCCCUUUAUUCAACUACAAAUUCGAGGAUGACGCCGAAGCGGGCGAUUUAACAAACUUGUUAGAUAACUCUUUGAUGGCCAUAGCAGGCGAAGAUAACCAAGUAAAAUCGAUGUUUGUCUUCUCGAAAGGGUUUGCUUACGCUUGCGGGGUCGGAAUGGUUUAUUUAUACGAAAAGGAAACCCCGCAUCGUUACAGAAGACGAAACGUUUUUAAAGUACCCGAUCGAAACGUCGUUCGAGAAGACGAUGACCCAACCGUUGAUGGUGCUUUAAACCAUAUUAAUCAUUUAGGGGUGAAUUUAUCUGAAGAUAGGUUAUUAGCGACGUGUAAAGAGAAUCAAAUGUAUACGGUGAGGUUAUGGGGGCCCGAUAUAGUUGCGCAACCUGAAAUUAUGUUUCAAGAACAAGGGAUGAAUUUGCAUCAUGGUGGAAUUGGUUCGAUUGCGGUGUGUAAAUGGAAGCCGAUUUUUAUGACUUCGGGAACUUGGGACCGAACCAUACGCAUUUGGAACUUUGAAUCGGAAACUUUAGAAUUAGUUAAAACUUAUUUAGAAGAAAUCCACGGUUUAGCUUUGCACCCAACGGGGUUAUACGCCGUGGUCGGAUUCUCCGACAAACUCCGAUUCUUAACAAUCCUUUUAGACGAUCUCGAAAUGACCCGAGAAUUCUCUGUAAGGAAUUGUAAAUUAGUAUCUUUUAGUAAUUUGGGUCAUAUUUUUGCGGCUGCUAACGGAAAUAUAAUUCAAGUGUACUCGUCGGUUUCGUUCGAGCAUAUGUUUAAUUUGAAAGGUCAUAACGGAAGGGUUACCGGGUUCUCUUGGGUUCACGACGAUUAUAAAUUGUGUUCGUGCGGGGCCGAAGGGGCAGUUUACGAAUGGCAAAUCUCGACGACGCGGAGAAUCAGCGAGACGAUCGUGAAAUCGUGUCAAUUUGCGGAUGCCAAUACCACGGGCGAUGGAAAAUCGGUUUUUGCGGUUGGCUCAGACGGCAGAAUUAGGGAGAUUAUGAACUGUAAUAUUCAAAGGGAUGUUUCUGUAACGCAGACGGCUUUGACCAAAGUGGUACUUUCCAAUUCGAAUUUAAUGUUGUUCGUGGCUGGAAUUAAUGGAGUCGUUUAUUCGGUUAAAAUUCCGAUUAUGGAUACAGCUGAAUGUAUUGAGUUUGUCGUACAUCCAACUGCAAUAAGUCAUAUGGAAAUAACUUACGAUGAUCGUUUUAUAAUAACAGCUUCAAGGGAGGGAAUCAUUUGUAUUUGGCGUUUAUUAAACAUCGAAGGAAAAGCAAUUAAACUCGACAAAGAAUUCUCACCUUCAACCGAAAUUCUAAUUCCAAAAGUCGAUUUAGAAGAAAAACUCAACUUUAUUCGCGACUUACAAUUAAGAAUGCACGAAUUAGAAACGGAACACGCGUAUCAAAUGCGCCAAAUCGAAACGUUACAUAACGCAGCCAUCAAAAACGUCCACGAAGGCUACUGCAACGCCAUCGAAGAAUUAAAAGAGAAAAUCGAAGCUUUAGAGGGAGACCAUUUCACGGAAAUCAACACGAUUAACGAAGAAAUCAUGAAAAUGAAACACAAUCACGAAGAAUACAUUCAAAAAUUAGAAAAUAGUUAUAACGAAAAACUUAUUAACGAAUACGAGAAAUAUCUCAAGUUGGAACAAAAAAUGGAACAGAUGAGAGUGAGAUUUUUGCUUGAAAUCGAGGAAUUAAUUGUGAGCAAAAAGGAAUCUGAGGCGAAUAUAACAAAUUCGUUCGUUGAGAAAUUGAAUGAGAAAGAAGUCCAAUUGGAGGAGUUGCAAGAAGAGGGAAGACAACGAUCGAAAGAACACGAAAUAAUUAAGCAACAAAUCGAAGAUGAUGCAGAUCGAGAAAUUUACGAUCUUAAAAUAAACUAUGAAACACAAUUAACCGCGGAACAAGACGCGAAUAUUCGGCUAAAAGGUGAAGCGCAAACUGUUAAAAAGAAAUUAACAGCGGCAUCAAAAGAAAUCGAUGAUUUAAAACACGCGGUACACACCCAACAAAACGAACAAUUAAAAUUAAAACAAAUCAUAUUAAACUUAGAAAAAGAUAUGCUCGAUUUAAAAAAAGAAAUCGCCGAGCGCGAUUCAACAAUACAAGACAAAGAGAAACGAAUCUUCGAAUUAAAACGCCGCAACCAAGAACUAGAAAAAUUCAAAUUCAUUUUAGACUUCAAAAUAAACGAAUUAAAAUCGCAAAUCGAGCCGAGAGAACGCCGCAUCCGCGAACAAAUGGAACAAAUCACCGAAAUGGUCAACGAAUUAGAAAACUUACAAAAAAUCAUCCUCUCCUUAGACGUCCAAUUACGCGAAUUACGCGAAAAAUUAAAAGCAGCCGACCUCGAAAUCAAACGCGAAAUAACCAAAAAUCGUUGCGCGAAAGCAGCCUUAAAAAAAAUUCGAAACGACAUCCACCACGCGAGCGGUUUAAUCCAAGACGUUCCAAAACUACAAAAAGCAGUCAAAGAAAUGUAUCACACCUACAACACCGAUAAAGACUUCGAAAUUAUGUUGGCGGAAGAUCGCGAUGCCAAAAACGAAUUUCUACGUCAACGCGACUUUUUAGAAAAAACCAUCAAAUCGUUACAAACCCAAAUCAAUAAAACAUCCUCUUCGAUUAUGGACAAAUUAAAAUUGGUCGAAGAAAAUUCGGCGUUAAUCGUCGAAACGAACGCGUUAAGGAAAGAUUUGAAAUUGGAGUAUCGGAAGAAUCAAAAAAUGGAGGCUGUUUUGGGGUUGCAUAAGAAAUGCGUGAGCGUGCGGGAAACUGAAAAGACUUUGAAUGAUGCGGUUGCGACUCGGCACGAGAUUCAUAAUGAAUACAAAAAGAUUAUUGUUGAUAAUGAGAGGUGUAUUAAAGCGUUGGAGGAGGAGAAUAAUCGGUUGUUGCAUGAAAUUUCUUUGGCCGAUCGGUGCCAAGAAGAGGAAGUUCGCGAGGAACCUUUGGAGAUUAAAGAGUCUAAAACUACGGAUGUUAUUGAAAUGAACUAAAUUAAAUAAAUUCUUUUUUUCCCCUAAAAA